ACUGCCCAUGGAGUGAUGAUGAAGCUCUGGAUACCUCUUCUUCUUCAGUUUUUACACUAUGGGGCUGGCAGUCAUCUUCCUGCCCCCCUCAAUGUGUCCAUCAAUUCCUUCAACAUGGAACACACACUGAACUUUUUGCCGGGCCCGGGAACCCCUACAGGAACAUUCUUCAGGGUUCACUUUCUCCGCUUCAGGCGGAGGAGCAGCUGGAAGCUGGUGUCAGAUUGUUUGAAGUUGACCGCCAGCCAGAGAAUCUGUAAUCUAACCAGAGCCAUGACGGAUCCAUUGAAUCAGUACCAGGCACGCGUACAAGCUUUUACAAGUACUCACUCAUCCAACUGGACAAUUUCUGGACUAUUCCAGCCUCUGACUGACACUGUGUUGGGUCCUCCUGAUGUCUCAGUGUCUGGUUGUGGGAACUGCUUGAUCCUGCAGGUCAGUCCUCCAACAACUUUGGGGUUCAAGCAGUACAAGCAGCUCCAGGACCUCUACAGGACAUUGCACUACAUGGUGCGCAGAACCAGGGAUGGGGCACAGUUCAGCCUUAACAUCUAUUACAAAGCGGAGACCUUGAUUAGCUACCUGGAGCCAGGGGUUGAGUACUGUGUGACAGUCACUGUGACAACUAUCUUCAACCCCCAUGCUGUCCCUACCAGACCCUACUGUGCCUUCACCAGCCCUCCAGCAAACUGCUCAAUGUGUGUUGUUCUGGGUCUGCUGUGCGUGCUGUUUGUGCUGUUGUUCUUCAUCAUUGGAUUGGCCAUCUACGGUAGUCACCUGAUCCUGCCAAACUUACCAAGACUGCUCAAAACUCUGGGUGGAGAAAUUCAAGACGCCAUAUCAAAGGAGCAUGACCAAAUCUCAACCACCCAAUGUCAAGAUGACAACGCCACAGACUACACGCUGGCUCUCCUCAACCCCUGCCCUCAGUAA